AUGCUCAGAUUCAUCUUCCUCUCGUCCAAACUAAAACCCAAAUCAAACUCUAUUUUCUCUUCCUCUCACCUAUCCGAUUCUUGCUUCGGUAACCCAGCAAGUUCACCCUUAAAUUCAAAACUAGCAAGAACCCAUUUUUCUUCCCUUUAUUCAUCUGGUUUUCUGGUGAAUUCAUCGAGGACUGCAAUAUUGGGCCAAAAUGGAAGUGGGUUUUCUAGUCCUUGGAAUUUGGGGCACGGAGCGAAGAGCUUGUGUAGUGGAGGGGAAAUCAGGAGAGAGUCCAUGGACUAUGAUGUGGUGAUCGUUGGGGCUGGACCAGCUGGAUUAUCAUCGGCAAUCAGAUUGAAGCAAUUGUGUCGGGAAAAGAAUGUUGAUCUUUCAGUUUGUGUAGUGGAGAAAGGAGCUCAAGUUGGUGAUCAUAUCUUGUCCGGGAAUGUGUUUGAGCCUCGUGCAUUGGAUGAGCUUCUUCCACAGUGGAAGCAGGAAGAUGCACCAGUUCGUGUCCCUGUAUCUUCAGAUAAAUUUUGGUUUCUUACCAAAAAUCGUUCUGUAUCUCUGCCAAGCCCUUUCAACAAUAAAGGGAACUAUGUUAUAAGUUUGAGUCAACUAGUUCGUUGGUUGGGACUGAAGGCUGAAGAAUUGGGUGUUGAAAUAUACCCUGGAUUUGCUGCUGCCGAGGUUUUGUAUGAUAAUGACGACAAGGUUAUUGGAAUUGCUACCAAUGAUAUGGGGGUGGCCAAAAAUGGCUCUAAGAAGGAUACCUUCCAACCAGGAGUGGAACUAAAGGGGAAAAUUACUCUUCUUGCUGAGGGAUGCCGAGGAUCGUUAUCAGAGAAUAUCAUUCGGAAAUACAAGUUGCGAAAUAAAGGACAGGGACAACAUCAGACUUAUGCUCUGGGAAUUAAAGAGGUAUGGGAAAUCAGUAGUGACAAGCACGAGCCUGGUUCAGUGGUUCAUACGGUAGGUUGGCCUUUGGACAGUAAGACAUAUGGGGGAUCUUUCUUUUACCAUAUGGAAGAUAGGCAGGUUGCUGUUGGCUUGGUUGUUGCUUUGAACUAUCAAAAUCCUUUCUUGAAUCCUUAUGAGGAAUUUCAGAAAUUUAAACAUCAUCCAGCCAUCAGACAUCUUCUUGCGGGAGGAACAGUUCUCCAAUAUGGUGCUCGCACUUUGAAUGAAGGCGGUUUUCAGUCUAUUCCAUAUCCAGUUUUCCCGGGUGGUGCAAUUAUUGGUUGCUCAGCUGGCUUCUUAAAUGUACCGAAAAUAAAGGGAACACACACGGCAAUGAAGUCAGGAAUGCUAGCAGCAGAAUCUGCAUUUUCCAUGCUCCAUGAUGGCUCUUACAUGGAAAACUAUUGGGAAAAUUUGAGAGGUUCAUGGGUUUGGAGUGAACUUUAUGCUGCAAGGAAUUUCCGGCCUGCUUUCGAGUUUGGACUGUUUCCUGGCUUAGCUUUGAGUGCUUUGGAGCACUACAUAAUGAAAGGAAGAUCUCCCUGGACCUUCAAGCAUGGAGAGCCUGAUCAUAUGGCUACAAAGGAAGCUCAAGUUAGCUCUCAAAUUGAGUACCCAAAGCCUGAUGGUGUUUUAUCUUUUGAUGUGCCAACUUCUUUGUACAGGAGCAAUACAAACCAUGAUCAUGAUCAACCAGCGCAUCUUAGGCUGAAAGAUCCUCAAGUUCCGGAGCAGGUGAAUUUGCCAAACUAUGCAGGACCUGAGACGAGAUAUUGUCCAGCACGUGUUUACGAGUAUGUUCCCGAUGACAAGGGCCAGUUGAAGCUGCUCAUAAAUGCUCAAAAUUGCCUUCAUUGCAAGGCAUGUGACAUAAAAGACCCAACACAAAACAUAGAAUGGACUGUGCCAGAAGGUGGCGGUGGACCUGCUUAUACUGUAAUGUAA